UGUGAUGGUAGCGUACGUGCCAAACCGCCAGCCAACAGCGCGAACUGGUUUCCACCAAUCGGCAACACAAUCGGAGAUCGCAAUCAGUUCGCGGCACCGCCAACCAGUGGCGCACACAAGCUACCGAUCGGACGAACAGACCAACGGCUCGGCAAAGCGUCUGGCAAACAAGCGUGGUCCGAAUAUCCAAUCAAAACCCGAGACGGCGCGCAAACGAGUAAGCGACGUUAAGGGGAUCGAGGAAUUGCAUCAGACGCCUGACCAAUCAGCGUCACGUCAAUCCGGUACGCGAACGACCGUCCAUUGGCCAGAAAGAGCAGGCACUGAACCGAAACCCAUCGGCCGAUUGGUUUUUGAUCGUCAAGACACAGCAUGGGGAACCAAUUGUAGCAAAUGCCAUGGACGAAUUACGACCGAACGAUUGGAGGCGAAACGCCCAGGAUCAAAGGACACUGGCAAAUGGAGACAAAUGCAUGAAAGUGUAGUAGCCGAAUAGAAACGGGCGCAGAAAAUGGUCAUAUCUGAUAUAAAAAGAAAGCAAUUCUCGCCAAUAAAGAUUUUCGUGUCGCCGCCACCUGUUGUUCUUUCUGCCGGAGGGCCGCACGUUUUACAUGGCGACAGAGGACAAGAAGACACGCCGAACCCCGCAUGCGUUUGGUGGACAACCAACGAUUCCGCUGCCAGCUCCGUUGCAAAUGACCGAGAGUUCGUUGCCGGAGAAUUGGAGAAUAUGGAAGGCGAAGUGGCUAGACUUUGUAACACUGACUCAGUUGGAUUCUCAGCCAAUGGCCUAUCAACUGGCGAUGUUCAGGCAUGCCAUUGGAGACGAAGCCAGGCGGACGCUGCAAACGUUGGAUCUCAGCGAUGGAACUCAGGAGAUGGAGCUGGAUGAAGUAAUACGCAGAUUCGGCGAGUUUUGCGAAGGUUACACAAACGAAACUUACCAAAGGUAUCUGUUUUUCAGCCGAAAUCGCCUGCCGGGUGAAUCAAUCGACGCAUACAUCACGGAGCUGAAAAUUCUGGCGCGGGAUUGCAAUUUUUGCACCUGUUUACGAGAUUCGCUGAUCCGCGAUCGAAUUAUAAUUGGCAUAAAGAAUGAGGAACUUUCCAGACGCCUUUUGCGACAGCGAAACCUGUCUCUGGAACAUUGCAUCGAUAUCUGUUUUAGCGAAUCAAGGACGGCUCAACAGUUUCAGCAGCUCAAGAUGGAGUCCACGACGGAUCUGUUUGCAGUAUCCCGAGGCCGAGAAAUUGUAUCGAAGUCAUCGAGCGCGAAUCAACCCAAAUGCCAGUUUUGCGGCCGCUCACACCCAAGGCGCAAAGAGGAUUGUCCAGCAUGGGGCCGAACCUGUAUGAAGUGUGCGAAGAAGAACCACUUUGCACGUUGUUGUCAGGCAACCAAAGUCGACUCAGUCGGGCAGGACGAUCAGGAAGAGCCGCAGGAACUGGCUAUUAACAACAUGACAGGACGUGAGAGACCAGUCUGUGUAUUCGCAACGUUGCUUAUUCAAGGGCGUCCGGUGCGAUUCCAAUUGGAUUCAGGAGCAAGCGUGAACAUACUUCCUCACAAAUACUGUCCCGAUGCAGAAUACCGCCAAAUACAGACACAGCUCAGAAUGUGGAACGGAUCAAAGUUACAACCGAAGGGCUGUGUUACCAUGAAGGCCAUAAACCCGAAGGAUGGCUCCGAGCAUUUACUUGAUUUUCUCCUGGUAUCAGGAGAUUUUAUGCCCAUCCUGGGCCUUGAUUCCAUUCAGAGUUUGGGUUUUGUUUCUUUUAAUCAUGAUCGUUUUGUUCACUCGUGCGAAGUCGGUACAGAGAUCGUAGACAACUAUCCCAGUGUGUUUGAUGGUACCGUGGGAAAAUUCCAAGGCGUAGCUCACCUGUCGUUAAACGAGUCCGCUAGACCAGUAGCACUACCAGCGAGAAAAGUACCUAUCGCUUUGCGUGAGAAGUUCUUAGACGAGUUGCAGCGUUUGAUCAGUUUAGGUGUGAUUGCCAAGGUCGAUGAGCCAACCGAUUGGGUCAGUCAAGUCGCGAUAAUCACCAAGAAGUCAGGCGAUUUGCGUGUGUGCAUCGACCCUAAGCCGCUCAACGCCGCACUCAGGAGAGAGUAUUUUACACUACCAACGCUAGAUGACGUCUUACCCGAGUUGUCCAAGGCCAGAUUGUUCACGAAGGUCGACCUCGCUUCCGCUUUCUGGCACGUCCAGCUUGACGAAGAGUCCAGUUAUUUAACCACGUUCGGAACGCCAUUUGGACGGUUUCGGUGGUUGCGCUUACCAUUCGGUUUGAAAGUGUCCAGUGAAAUUUUUCAGAAACGAUUAAUGCAGGCCCUAGACGAUCUACCCGGAGCUAUUUGUGUAGCAGACGAUGUAGUGGUUUUUGGGGCGACUCUGGAAGAGCACGACCGUAACCUGAGCAGAUUUCUAGAACGCUGUAAAGACAAGAAUAUCAGAUUGAAACGUGAGAAAAUUGAGUUACGAAAAACAGAGCUGGUGUUCCACGGACAUGUUUUGAGCGCAGAAGGUCUAAAGCCAGAUCCGGAGAAAGUUAGAGCCAUAAAAGAGAUGCCACCUCCGACAGAUGUUAAAGCCGUGAGCAGACUAAACGGGAUGGUGAAUUACCUCAGCCGCUUCCUUCCACGACUAGCCGAAGUAAUGGUUCCUAUCCGAAAACUUACACAUAAGGGCGAGAGCUGGCAGUGGAACACAGAACAGGAGGAGGCUUUCCAGAACAUCAAACAACUGAUCGCGUGCGCCCCUGUCCUAGCGUAUUACGAUCCGUCACUUCCCCUUGAAAUCCAGUGUGACAGCAGCCAAUUCGGUAUCGGUGCCGUGCUAAUGCAGAACGGGAAGCCCAUCGAUUUUCGCAGUCGGACACUAACGGAAUCCGAGCGCCGUUAUGCACAGAUUGAAAAGGAGAUGCUAGCAUUGGUUUAUGCCAUAGAGCGUUUCAACGAUUACACUUUUGGUCGCCGGACCACUGUAUUUACCGAUCACAAGCCUCUGGUAUCAAUAGCCAAUAAACCACUGCACGUCGUCCCACGCCGCUUACAACGAAUGCUCAUUCGGCUCCAGAAGUACGACCUAGACAUCGUCUACCAACCGGGGUCGAGGAUGUACAUUGCAGACACACUGUCUAGGGCAUAUCUUUCCGAUGUGACCGCAACGCAAGAAGACCAAGACAUUGUCCAUGUCACUCAGCUAUUGGCCGUCACAGAGGAGCGUUUCCAGCAACUACUACGCCACACGGAAGCAGACGAGCUGUGUAAUCGGCUCAAGGAAACGAUACUGAAAGGGUGGCCCGAUAGUAAAAACAAGCUGCCAAAGGAGUUGACUCCCUUCUUUAACUUUCGGGAUGAACUUGUCACACAGGAUGGGCUAAUCUUCAAAGGCAACCGUAUACUCGUUCCAAAGGCAAUGCAACGACCCAUGCUGGAGCUGAUACACGGAAGUCAUUCAGGAGUCAAUGCUUGCGUGGCGAGAGCUCGAGAGCUAAUGUUUUGGCCUGGAAUGACUAGUCAGAUACGGGAUCAUGUUUCAAACUGCUUAGCCUGUCGAGCACAUGAUGUCCGCCAGCCGAAGGAGCCUAUGAUGCUUCGUGAGGUCCCGGAAAGGCCGUGGCAGAAAGUCGCCCUAGACAUCUUUGCACAUGACGGAAAGAAUUACCUGAUCGCUGUCGAUUACUUUAGCGACUAUUUCGAGAUUGAUGCUCUCACGUCUACUAGCACACAGGCCGUGAUAAACAAGCUACGAUCGCAGUUUGCGCGACAUGGGAUACCGGAAGAGGUAGUGUCCGACAAUGGCCCCCAAUUCAACAGCGCCGAAUUUCGGAGUUUCAGCGAAAAGUGGGAUUUCCUUCAUCGUUUAACCAGCCCUUACCACAGUCAGUCAAAUGGAAAAGCUGAGUCAGCCGUGAAGGAAGCAAAGAAGUUACUCACCAAAGCCAAGGAGACCAAAGAAGAUCCUUACAUCAUGUUGUUAGAACGAAGGAACAUGCCAUCUGCCGAAAUUGGAUGCAGUCCAGCGCAACGUCUGUUUGGCCGUAGGACAAGAACCCUGUUGCCGAUCGCCAAUACUCUGCUGCAGCCUGAAAUACCAUCGCAGAGCUUGAUGUAUGAGCGCUUGCGUGAGCGCAUGCUUCGACAAAAGAAAUAUUACGAUCGCGGAACGAAGCAGCUUCCACGCCUGUUGCCCGGAGACGAGGUCUGGGUCGCGCCGACACCGGGAGCUAACGGGUCUUGGAGGAGAGGGCGAGUAGAAGGUCUCAAAGGCGAACGAAGCUACGACGUAAGAGUUGGGGAUAGUCUAUUUCGACGCAACCGGGUGCAGUUAAGGAGACAACGUGGUGAACAAGCACGGCAUCGUGCGAAGCAGCCAACGCAGCCGGACAUUUCGGUGGAUACGGCAGCACACGACCACAAGACUACACGCAGUGGAAGGCGAUACAGCGCUUACGUAAUCGGACUACAAAAAAACGAAAAAAGGAAGGAUGUGAUGGUAGCGUACGUGCCAAACCGCCAGCCAACAGCGCGAACUGGUUUCCACCAAUCGGCAACACAAUCGGAGAUCGCAAUCAGUUCGCGGCACCGCCAACCAGUGGCGCACACAAGCUACCGAUCGGACGAACAGACCAACGGCUCGGCAAAGCGUCUGGCAAACAAGCGUGGUCCGAAUAUCCAAUCAAAACCCGAGACGGCGCGCAAACGAGUAAGCGACGUUAAGGGGAUCGAGGAAUUGCAUCAGACGCCUGACCAAUCAGCGUCACGUCAAUCCGGUACGCGAACGACCGUCCAUUGGCCAGAAAGAGCAGGCACUGAACCGAAACCCAUCGGCCGAUUGGUUUUUGAUCGUCAAGACACAGCAUGGGGAACCAAUUGUAGCAAAUGCCAUGGACGAAUUACGACCGAACGAUUGGAGGCGAAACGCCCAGGAUCAAAGGACACUGGCAAAUGGAGACAAAUGCAUGAAAGUGUAGUAGCCGAAUAGAAACGGGCGCAGAAAAUGGUCAUAUCUGAUAUAAAAAGAAAGCAAUUCUCGCCAAUAAAGAUUUUCGUGUCGCCGCC